CAAGCAAAAAAAGACGUAGAAGAAGAGCCGGAAGAAACUGAGGAGGAGCUAGUUGAGCAAUCCGAAGUUGAGACCGAAGCUGAACCUCAAGAGGAGGAUGAAACGUCGUCAGCCAAAACCUCCGUCGAGGAUGAAGCACCAAAGCCAGCAGCUCAGAAAGAGACAGCCCACUCAAACCCCAAGUCAAAUGGCGAGGCAAAGACGCCCGUGAAAAACGGGAAUGCCAAACGUCAAGAAGAGGAGGUCGAACGUGAAGAUCAAAGCGGAUCCGACACUGAACUGGAAGUUCAAUCAAAAGAACAACCAUCCAUCAUGAAACGAAACGUACAACAAUCUGAGGCUCCAUCCGAGGCCGAACAAUCCGAGGUCGAGCCCGAGCCUGAACCGGUAAAACAACAACCAAAGAGAAACGGUAACGUCAGAACUCAACAGCAAGAGCCAGCGGAUGACACCGAACCUGAACCCGAGCCACAAAGACAGCAACAAAAGAGAAACGGCGACGUCAAGACCCAACAGCGAGAACCAGCGGCCGACACCGAGCCCGAGCCGGAGCAACAACAACAACAGCCAACCAGAAACGGCAACGUUAAAACCCAGCAGCGAGAAGAGCCAGCCGAGAACAACACCAUGCAACAAUACCAACCUCAACCCGAGACCGAAAACGGCCUCGUCAAGCACGAACCAGAACAGAGACAAGUCCAAACUCAACCGAGGCCCAAACAGAAGCGACAACGACAGCCUCAACAGCAAUUCAACUACGAGCCUGAGCCUGAGCCUGAGCAGCCACUUGUACAGCAGCAACAGCCAGAGCGAGAGCAACAAAACGGUUCCCGUGGUGAGGGAUACAGGAAAUCGGCGGUUCGAGAGUCUCGGAUUCAAGACCGGCCAACGCCGAGCAGUGGUGCGUCGGACAGUGCGCUGAAGAUUAAGAUUGAGCUUGAUUUGGAGGUUGAGGUUGAUUUGUAUGCGAGGGUUAAGGGAGACGUUACGAUUGGAUUGAUGUAAUUGGUGCUUUGUGUUAAUAGCUCAAAUUGGGGAUUGCUCAGAUGUAGGAUAUUCGGAUGAAGACUAUUUUGGGAACGGACCUGUCUUGAAGCACU